AUGUUAUAUACAACCGUUUCUGAGCAAUAUAAACAAAAUACCAGAAAUCAAGCGAUUGAACUGUUGUGGGGUCUCGCAAAAUAUUUCCAUAAGCAAUGA